GUUAAAAGUCGUUUUUGUUUGCGUUCUCUCUCUCUCUCUCUUCCCCUCUUCUUCUUCUUCUUUUACGAAGUCUUCCUGAUUAGAAACAACAUAGACGGCCACCAAACAGCGAGGAUCAGGAGGCUUCCAAUCUCAAGGUUUAGCAGCAUUUUGUUUUCCUUGGUUGGAAUCUGAUGGACAACACUAACUGGAGGCCUACUGCCCAAGGGGGAGAACCUGCAAUUGACACUGGUGAUUGGAGAGCUCAGUUGCCACCUGAUUCACGACAGAGAAUUGUUAAUAAAAUAAUGGAAACAUUGAAAAGACAUCUUCCAUUUUCUGGUCAAGAGGGACUAGAUGAACUCAAGAAAAUUGCUGAGCGAUUUGAAGAAAAGAUUUAUACCGCUGCCACAAGUCAGUCAGAUUAUCUGCGGAAAAUAUCAUUGAAGAUGCUUACAAUGGAGUCCAAAUCCCAAAAGCCCCAAGAUCACAAUCAAGGGCAGUCGCUUCCUCUUCCAUUGCCAGUUAAUCAGACGCGUCAGCAAUUGUUACCCCAGAACAUUCAGAAUAAUAUCACAUCUAUUGGGGUUCAAAGUUCUCCCAGUUUAACAUCUGUACUGCCUCAAGUUUCUGGUUUAACUCAGACUUCCAUUCCCAGUGUUGUUGGCCAGACUCCUAACAUGCAGAACAUUUCUGGAGUUCCACAAAACACAGCAGGGAAUUCUACAGGACAAGGGGUGCCUUCCAAUAUGUUUGCCAAUUCUCAGAGACAAAUGGCAGGAAGGCAACAGGUUGUUUCCCAACAGCAGCAGCAACAACAACAAUCCCAAAAUCCUCAGCAGUACCUUUAUCAGCAACAAUUACAACAACAACUUAUGAAGCAGAAGAUCCAGCAAGCAAAUCGACCACAUUCACUUGUGCAAUCUCAUAUCCAGCAACAGCAACAGCAGCAGCAAAACCUAUUACAGCCAACUCAGUUGCAAUCUUCUCAACAAUCUAGCAUGCAAACAUCAUCUGUUAUGCAGCCUACUAUGAUGCAAUCAGUAAUUUCUGGUCUUCAACAGAGUCAGCCUCCUCCUGUUCAACAAUCAACGCAAUCCAUGCUUCAACAGCAUCCACACUCAGUCCUCAGGCAGCAGCAGCAACUCCAACAGCCUGCUAGCAUUCAUCAACAACAAACACAAAUGAUGCAGCAGCAACUGUUGCCCCCCCAGCAUCAGCAGCAGCAGCUAAUGGGCCAACAACCUAAUGGCACCAAUAUGCAGCAAAAUCAGUUAAUUGGACAACCAAACAAUGUUGGGGACAUACAGCAGCAGCAGCAGCAGCAGCAGAGAUUACUGAGCCAGCAGAAUAACCUUCAAAGUCUGCCUCAGCAGCAACAACACCAGCAGCAGCAGUUAAUGGCUCAGCAAAAUAACCUCCCCAGUGUACAUCAACAGCAAUUAGGCUCGCAAAGUAAUGUCCCUGGUUUACAGCAGCAGCAACAGCAGCAGUUGCUUGGUACCCAGAAUGGCAACUCAAGCAUGCAAACUAAUCAGCUCUCUAUGCACAUGAUGCAACAGCCCAAGGUUACAAUGCAGCAGCAAACUUCAACUAAUAUGUUGACAACUCAAGGGCAGCAGUCACAAACCCAGGUUCCACAGCAACAACUGAUGUCACAGAUCCAAUCACAGCCAACUCAGUUACAACAACAGAUGGGUUUGCCACAGCAGUCUAAUCCAUUACAACUAGAUCUGCAGCAAAGGCUCCAAGGAUCAAGUCAAGGACCGGGUUCCUUGCUUCAACAGCAGAAUGUAGUUGAUCAACAAAAGCAAUUGUAUCAAUCACAAAGACCUCUUCAAGAGGCAUCAUCAACAUCUGUGGAUUCAACUGCACAAACUGGACAUGCAAAUGGAGGUGAUUGGCAAGAGGAAGUCUACCAAAAGAUCAAAGUCAUGAAGGAACUGUACUUGCCCGAACUAAAUGAAAUGUACCAGAAAAUUGCUGCAAAGUUACAGCAGCAUGAUUCUCUUCCACAACAACCCAAGUCAGAGCAGCUCGAGAAGCUAAAAAUAUUUAAGGCCAUGUUAGAGCGCAUUUUAUCAUUCUUGCAAGUUUCCAAAAAUAAUAUUUUGCCUGGUUUUAAGGAGAAGUUGGGUUCUUAUGAGAAGCAGAUCACAAAUUUUAUAAAUACUAAUAGACCCAGAAAGCCUAUGCCAUCACUUCAACAAGGGCAACUUCCCCAAUCCCACAUCCAGCAACCACAAUCUCAAGUUCCUCAAAUUCAGUCCCAUGAAAAUCAAAUGAAUCCUCAAAUGCAAUCAGUGAACUUGCAAGGGUCUGUGCCAACAAUGCAGCAGAAUAAUAUGUCAAGUUUGCAGCAUAAUUCUCUGCCUUCUUUAUCAGGCUUUUCCUCAUCACAGCAAAACACGAUGAAUUCCCUGCAGCCAGCUUCCAAUUUAGAUUCAGGCCAAGGAAAUGCAUUGAGCUCAUUGCAACAGCCAGUAGUAGGUUCUCUACAACAGAAUAGUGGGAGUGCUCCCCAACAGGCCAGUAUAAAUAAUCUGUCAUCACAGAGUGGGUUAAAUAUGCUGCAGCCAAAUAUUUCCCUUCAGUCAAAUCCCAAUAUGCUUCAACAUCAGCAUCUAAAACAACAGCAAGAUCAGCAGAUCUUGCAGAGUCAACAGCUCAAACACCAAUUACAACAGCGCCAGAUGCAGCAACAGUUAAUGCAGAAGCAGCACUUAUUGCAGCAGCAGCAGCAGCAAUUGCACCAGCAGGCAAAGCAGCAGAUGCCUGCUCAAAUGCAGGGACAGCAAAUGCCUGCUCAAAUGCAGGGACAGCAAAUACAACAGGCACAUCAGAUGAAUGAUGUCAAUGAGAUUAAGAUCAGGCAGGGGAUGGGUGUUAAGCCAGGCUUUCAGCAGCAUCUCCCUGCUGGUCAGCGCACAGCUUAUUCCCAUCAACAGAUGAAAUCAGGAUCUUCGUUUACUAUGUCUUCUACUCAGCUGCUUCAGGCAGCCUCUCCUCAAUUAUCACAGCAUUCGUCUCCACAAGUUGAUCAGCAAAAUCUACAAACAUCUCUAACAAGAACUGGAACCCCUUUGCAGUCUGCAAAUUCUCCUUUCGUUAUCCCAUCUCCUUCAACUCCUUUAGCUCCAUCCCCUAUGCCAGGAGAUUCUGAGAAACAAAUAACUGGUAUUUCCUCACUUUCAAAUGCUGGAAAUGUUGGACAGCAACAAACAACUGGUGCUCAAGCUACAGCUCCAUCCCUUGCAUUUGGCACUCCUGGGAUGUCAGCUUCACCUUUGCUUGCAGAGUUUACUGGUUCUGAUGGUGCUCAUGGCAAUGCUUUGACCACUACUUCGGGCAAGUCAAGUGUCACAGAGCGACCUCUUGAGCGCCUGAUUAAAGCGGUUAAGUCUCUGUCCCCUAAUGCAUUGAGUGCCUCAGUCAGUGACAUUGGCUCAGUAGUUAGUAUGAUAGACAGAAUUGCUGGAUCAGCCCCAGGCAAUGGAUCUAGAGCUGCAGUUGGUGAGGAUUUGGUAGCAAUGACUAACUGUCGUCUUCAGGCAAUAAAUUUUAUCACCCAAGAUGGAAUGACUGGGACAAGAAAAAUGAAGCGAUAUACAAGUGCCAUGCCCUUAAAUGUUGUAUCAUCAGCUAGCAGCAUAAGUGACAGUUUUAAGCAGUUGAAUGGUCCAGAGACAUCUGAUUUGGAGUCUACUGCCACAUCAAGUGUCAAGAGGCCUAGAAUUGAGGCUAAUCAUGCCCUACUGGAAGAGAUACGGGAAAUAAAUCAGCGACUUAUAGACACAGUGGUGGAUAUUAGUGAGGAAGAUGUUGGUCCAACUGCAGCAGCUCCUUCUGCUGAAGGGAGUGAAGGAACCAUUGUUAAGUGUUCUUUUAGUGCUGUAGCUCUGAGUCCAAACUUGAAAUCGCAGUAUGCUUCAGCACAAAUGUCACCAAUUCAGCCCCUCAGAUUGCUUGUGCCUACAAAUUAUCCGAAUUGCUCCCCGAUACUAUUAGACAAAUUACCAGUUGAAAUCAGUAAGGAGUACGAGGAUCUUUCAGUAAAGGCAAAGUCAAGGUUUAGCAUUUCUCUCCGCAGCCUUUCACAACCUAUGUCACUUGGAGAAAUUGCAAGGACCUGGGAUGUUUGUGCUCGGGCAGUUAUCUCCGAUCAUGCGCAGCAGAGUGGAGGAGGAAGCUUCAGCUCUAAAUAUGGGACAUGGGAAAACUGCUUUAGUGCAGCAUGAUUCCUUUUUGAAGCUUAAUAAUCUGUCAGUAAGAUUAUUUUUGCAUUAAUGCAAUCUUUGGGAAAGUUUGUUGUGCCAUCAUAUGACCAGACAAGCAGUUGUGCAAGAAAAGGAACAUCCUGAAGAGUGAAGGCUUCUGGGGCUGUUUUGAAAUGUAUAUCCUGGAAUUAUCUGCACAUGUCUGUACUACGAUGACUAUCUGUACAUUAGAUUGAACAAAUGGAGGAUUAAGCAGAUGUAUAGUAGUUGGUAGCUAAUUGGUUAUUGCCUAUUUAGCUUGUAUUAUGAAUGGAUUGUGUCGCCAAACAAUGUAAUAUUUUUGUCUGUUGUGGGAUCUUUUCUUGUGGAUAAAGCUGCAUUUCAAGUGCGAAGCAAUUGAGAAAGGUUGUUGCUUUC